CAUUGCAUUGAAAUGAUCAGACAGAAUAUCAUCUACAGUGCCGACGUGACGAUGAUAACAUGGGACUGGGAUCAGGGACACGAUAUCCCAUACCUUAACUUCAACACCCGCUGCGGCCACCAAUGCAGGAACUAUGAGAAAAUCUUGGAUUGGGCUGUCAAGCACGUUGUUCGUAUCGAUAAAUCCGAGGUUACUCACUUCAAAGACCUUACCCUUCUAUCCGAUGAACCAUAA